AUGUCGAUUCUCGAAUUACCAACAGAUGGUCGGCCAUACUUCUCUACCCGCCUGCCAUCUACAUAUAUGGGAAGUGUCCUCAUCAUGAACCGCUGUAGUAUUCCUGUGGAAACCCUUUGCUCUCCUGACACAAGUAUCGGGUAUGUCGCAUACAUGCUCCGCCAGUCUACAGCACGCAUUACACCAUCGCUCGUGCACGAUGCCUUCACAAUCUUGCAGUCUCUUCCAGAUCACAGCCGAUUUUCAACUGCGAAUAUGGGCCUUGAACACAUGCACGCCAUGAUAUCCAAUAUGAUGCUCUUCCCCACAAGUGAGAUAUCUUUCGGCAGCAAGUUCUUUGCCAACGAAGGAUCCCCCGAGUCUAUGCGGCCACAGGUUGAUCGCGCUAAUGGCAUCUUCCGAUUCCUGGCCAUCUAUCCCAUGAAGAAGGAUGGAGGCGUCGAGCUUGUUCUAGGAACCCAUGCGGAGGAAUUGGAAAUGUUCAAAACCGAUGCAGAGUUUACCAAAUACGCAGAUCUCGUUGAUGUCUGCUGA